UCAGGGCCACCUGCCAAAUAAAUCGACCACACGGUCAUUUCAUUUCCCCCAUGUUCCCAAAAUCCCAUCGCCUGGGAAAUUUUGGUUUGCCUAUUUUAUCCCUAUCCCUCUCUCUCUCUGUAUCUCUCUCCACAGCACUCGCUGCAUUUGUUGGGCUAACCCAAACACGACCAUUUCGCAGCGCAAGGCUUGUACCUUAACCCAGAAUCAGAAUAUUAAUAAUAUUAAUAUUAAUAAGAAAAAGAAGAAGAAGAUGUUGAGGGUUGCGGCGAGGAGGCUCUGUUCUGUGUCUGCGUCGCCAUGGAGGCCCAAUCAGGCCGCCACUGCCUCCUCCUCUGUCCUGUCUCGGAAUCUCAUCGACGGCCGUGACUCCUCCAAUGACCUCAGAUCCAUCUAUUUCACUACUGACUUCUAUCUUCCUUCCAGAGGUUUUGCUUCUGAUUCACUGACCCCAUCAAAGGACAACAACUUAGUUCCAGAUGUUCCUCCAACUGUGGCAGCUGUUAAGAAUCCUACUUCGAAGAUAGUUUAUGAUGAUUACAAUCAUGAGCGUUACCCUCCAGGUGACCCCAGCAAACGGGCAUUUGCCUACUUUGUCCUCACAGGUGGUAGGUUUGUCUAUGCUUCUCUGAUUCGUCUGCUUGUCCUCAAGUUUGUGCUAAGCAUGUCAGCCAGUAAGGAUGUUCUUGCCAUGGCCUCGCUCGAGGUUGAUCUCUCCAGCAUAGAACCAGGUGCGACUGUGACUGUGAAGUGGCGUGGAAAGCCAGUCUUCAUCAGGCGCCGAACUGACGAUGAUAUCAAGCUGGCAAAUAGUGUAGAUGUUAAUUCUCUUCGUGAUCCCCAGCAAGAUGCUGAGAGGGUCAAAAACCCAGAAUGGCUUAUUGUUGUUGGGGUCUGCACACAUCUGGGUUGCAUUCCCUUGCCAAAUGCUGGUGACUUUGGUGGAUGGUUUUGCCCAUGCCAUGGUUCCCACUAUGAUGUUUCUGGAAGGAUCCGCAAGGGACCAGCACCAUACAACUUGGAGGUACCCACAUAUACCUUCUUGGAAGAGAACAAGUUAUUGAUUGGUUAAAAAACCUUGGGGUUGCUCUCUAGCAAACCGGUUGUUUCUGGGAUAAGGUUUUUUUCUCUCGUAAGUUAAUCAGAUAAUGUCGAAGAUUUGUUACAGACAUUUUUGUUUUUGCCCUCUUCCCCCUUUGGGAUGUCUGGAAAUAUUAUGUAACUGGGAUAUUUAACUCUUGCUGGGUGGUGUUGCUAUGGAUUCUCAAUAAGUUGCCUUGGCCUUUGCUGAGCAUGAACUGUUUCGAAAGUUUGAAACAUUGCUGAGCUGAGGAUGUUUUUAUUUAUUUAUUUGGUUAUUUAUGAAUCGAGGAAACUUUAUUUAGUUA